AAACCGUUAAAAACGGUCAUAACAAGAGCAAAAUAUUGCAAAAUUCUGCAAAUUGCAGACAAUAUUAAAAAUUUCAUUAUACAUGUUAAUUAUUUACAAUUAAACCAAAAUGUCGAUGUUAGCUGAAAAAAGACGGAAGCAAAAAUGGUCUCUUAAUCCUCGUGGCAAAGAAUGGUCUCAAGAUGCAAAUAAAUUUGGUCAAAAACUGUUGGAAAAGAUGGGAUGGCAACAUGGAAAAGGUUUAGGAGCGAAAGAAAACGGUGUAACAGAACACGUAAAAGUCUCAUAUAAAAACGAUAGUAAAGGUAUUGGUUAUAAAGAAACUAAUGAUCAGUGGACAGAACACGAAACUAAUUUUAGUGCACUCUUACAAUCCCUAACAGGAGACGGGGAAAAUGGCAUAGAAGAGAUCAAAGUAAGUUCUUUAGAAAAAAAAUCCCAAAUUUCAAGAGCUAGAGUUCAUUACCAUAAAUUUACAAGAGGUAAAGAUCUCAGUAGAGCUUCUGAAAAGGAUUUAGCAAAUAUUUUUGGAAAAAAAUCUCUUAAAGAUACUAAAAAGCCAAAAAUACCAGUAAAAAAGGAAGAUCCUGAUUCUAAAGAAUGUGAAAACAAUUCAGGAUUCCUAAUAAACGCUGGUUCCAUGAGAGAUUAUUUCAGAAAGAAGUUACCAAAUUUUGGUAAAGUAAAUGGUUGUGUUAUUGGCAAUAAUGGAGUAUUAAAAAAAGAAGAAUCAGAGUCUGAAAGUGAAUUAAGACCUUCCUUUGGAUUUGGAUUCAAUGCUACUGAAGAACGGACAUCCACUCUGUUGAAUAAAGAUAAUUCUGAAUCGGAAUCUGAAAUAAUAUCACAUUCUGGUUUUGGUUUUAUUAAUGAAAGUGAUGAUAAUACACCCUCAAAAAAACCUAAUUCCAAAUCAAAAGUUGUGCCUAUUACAGACAAAAAUAAUAUAGAUGGGAAAAGAAAAGCUGAAGAAAAAGAUGAUACAAUUUUGUCACCAAAGAAAAAAUCUAAAAAAGAAAAAGGCAAAACUGAAGAAAAUUUAGGUGUAUCAAAUCCAGCAUUUAACCCAAUGUCAACUCCCAUUAAAGUUCAAAAACACCUUUUGGAUCCAAUUGAAGAAAGUUUGACUGAAGAAAUUGAGGAGAUCUUUAAUGUUUCCAAAAAUAAAAAUGAAUUUUUAAAUAAUACAGAUAAAAGUAAUGAAGAAUCUAUAACAGAGAGUUCAAAAAAGAAGAAAAUCAGAAAGAGCGAGUUUAGUAAUCCUAAUUUUAAUGAAGAAACUGAAAACUCGAUAGAAGAAAUGAGCACAAUGUCCAAUCCUUAUGAAAUUAGUAAUAAAAAAUUGAAGAAAAAUAAGAAAAUUGAGCUCGACGGAAUUGAAGGAAAGGCAAGUAAGAAAGAAAAAAAGAAAAACAAGAUAAUGGAAAGUGAUACCAACAGUUUUGAGGAGAAAAAUUUAUCUCAAAUUGAGGAAAGCUCAUUCGAAAUUUCUUCAAUUAAAUCAAAGAAAAAGUCACAUGAAAUCGAUAAUCCUAAUUUUGAUGUUUCGGAAGAUAAUUCUAUAAAUAUUUCACAAAUAAUAGUUGAAAAUCCUUAUGAAGUAAAACCAAAAAAGAAUAAGAAACAAAAGAAAAUUGAAUUGGAUAAUCCAAACUUUGAUGUAACCGAAGAUAGUGUAAUAGAUAUAUCUCAGCUGGAAGAAAAUCCUUAUGAAGUGAAACCAAAAAAGAAAAAACAAAAGAAAACGGAAGUGGUUAACCCAAAUUUUGAUGUAACUGAAGAUAGUGUAACAGAUACAUCUCAGCUGGAAGAAAAUCCUUAUGAAGUUAAACCUAAUAAAAAGAAGAAAAAGAAAAAUAAUAAUUUAGCAAUAGAUAAUCCAUCUUUUUCAGAACAAGAGGAAAAACCAAUAGAUAGUAUAAAUCCUUAUGAAGUAAAAUCAAAGAAGUUAAAAAAGAAGGAAGUUAGUGAUCCAGGUAUAGCUAACCCUGCUUUAAAUUUAAACGACUCCAAAAAUGAUGAUGCAGUUUUAGAAAAUUGUGACUUAAUUUUAAAUGUUGUUUCUACUCCUAUUGUAUCAGAAGUACCUACCAAUAGUACCAACACAACAAAAUCUCUGGGAACUAUUACUAAAAUAGAAAAUUUAAGAAACAGAAAAAGCGUCAGAUUUAGUGAUAUUACUCAAGAAUUGAUAAUCCCUAAUAACGAAGAACUAAAAGAAAUGUACAAAAAAGACAAGAGCAAAAAGAAGAAAAAAGGAUUGGAUAACCUGAAUUUUGAUAAACAACAGAACAAUCUGGAUGAAAAUGUAAAUACCAUUUCUAAAACUCUAGAUAACUACCAAGCAGAGAUAGAAAAUGAUAUGAAUGAGGAAAAAGUAAAGACCGUUACUGUUGAAGACCUGAUGGUAGGAGAAGUGGGGAAUCCCAAUGGUGAGAAUGAAAAAUUACCAGAUGGUACAAAACUGAAAUUUAAGCAAGCUAAUUUAGAUGGAAAGACAGCUUUUUAUAUGUUGGACAAGGUUGGACCAAAGAAAUCUUAUAAACAUUUAAUAAAAGGAGAUAUUUUAGUAAAGUUUAAGAAUACUAAUUUACAUCAAAUUAGAGGGUAUGCAGUGAAUAAUAAGACAUGAAAACUUUUUAUUGUAAAUAUUAAUAAUUUGUUUAAUGAAAUUAAUUUUAAA